AUGCAUGCUAUAUUUUGGCCUCCUAAUAACCGGUUACCAAACUUAUUCUAUGUUAUAGAUGAAGUAUUGUCUCUGAGAUUAACCGAUGGGUUAAGCCGAUGCGACGGCCGUGUGGAGGUUUAUGAUGGCGGUACCUGGAACAUAAUGCAGGAUAAAGUAUGGAACAUUAAUGACGCAAAUGUUGUCUGCAGACAACUGCGUUGUGGCAACGCUACAUUCGCCUACAACUCCUCCAAACUGAUAGACAGCGUAUGGCCCGUGAAGGUUAUUGACGUUCAAUGUGAAGGAAGCGAGUUGCACCUCCGCAAUUGCAGAAAGUCGAUGAUGAACCGGUCUUUUUCUGACAUCACCGGCGUUGGUGUUCUGUGCUCAGGCCAUUUGCAAAUUCGACUGUCCGGAAGUGAAGAUCCGUGUGCGGGUCGUCUUGAGUUUUAUUACAAUGGCACUUGGGGCACGGUUUGUGAUGACUCCUGGGAUCUGGAUGACGCUAACGUUGUCUGCAGGCAACUAAGUUGCGGAUAUGCUUUGGAGGAUAAAACUCGCCGUUAUUGCGGAGAAAGAACUGCUCCAGUUUGGCUGGAUGAACUGAGAUGUUCGGGUAACGAGACAUAUCUCUGGGACUGUCCCUCAGCACCAUGGGGCAAAACUGAUUGCAGUCAUAAAGAAGAUGUGACAGUUACGUGUUCUGAGUAUAAGCAAAUGCGCCUAGAGGACGGCAAGAAUCCAUGUGAGGGGAGAGUAGAGGUCUGGUACAAUGGGACCUGGGGAACAGUCUGCUCCACGAAAUUUGAUGCCAAGUCUGCGGAAGUGAUCUAUGGAAGUAUUUCUUCACGAAACAAUGAUAAAGUCUGCGAACAAGUGAAUGAUUCGCCCAUCGGCACUUUAACAGGUCUCCCACUGCGUCUUUUCGCUGGCAGUCAUAGAUGCGCCGGGCGAUUGGAGGUACAGUACAAUAAUACCUGGGGCACGGUGUGCGAUGACUCCUGGGGUCUGGCCGAUUCCCAUGUAGUCUGCAGACAGCUGGACUGUGGCCGUGCUGGCUGGGCUCCAGAUAUACCUAUAAUUACCCAGGCAUACGGUGAUAUUUGGCUGGAUGAAGUAAAAUGCACGGGAGAUGAAUCUUCUUUUUCCAGCUGUCUUUCCUCAAUACCCGGCCAUCACGAUUGUGAUCACAAGGAAGAUGUCAUCGUUGUUUGCUCUGAUUCCGGUUUGAUUCCCACUGACAGCAAUAUCACAGGAUUUGGAACCGGGACCCCCUCGAUUAUGGCUAUUGUCUGCAUAACCCUUGGAAUCAUCUUCGUCGCUGAGUUAUUCGUUCUGAUAACGAUAGCACGCAGAGGGUCAGCAACAAGUGCAGGUCCACUGGCGAGUGGCAGGGAUUCACCUUUUGGCUUUUAUCAAGCAAUUUAUGACGAGAUUGAAAGUAUUUCACAGGGGAAGAGCUUCACUAAAGCACAAGAUUCAGAUCGUCCCGGGGAUUGUCAGCUUGACACAUCAGAAAGCCUGAAAUCGAGAUUGGCGGCAGGGCGCAGUCGAUGCGCUGGGAGACUGGAGAUUCACUACGAUGGAUCUUGGUGGACUGCGUAUGUUUAUGGUUGGCAAGAGCGGUACGGGUCCAUCGUGUGCCAGGAGCUGGGCUGCGGCGAUGCGCUGGAUGCACCGCUGAAUGUCCUUUUUGGGGGAAAUAAGAAACCCUAUUUGAACUUGCAUUGCCAUGGAAGUGUGACCUCUCUGCGGGAAUGUCAAAUUAAAUCAUCUUCUUACUCUGACUCCCGGGAAGUUGGUGUUAUCUGCGCAGAUAUCCUGAAGUCGAAUCUGGUGAAUGGGCGCGAUCGAUGUGCUGGGAGACUGGAGAUUCAUUACAAUGGAUACUGGUGGACUGCGUAUGUUUAUGGUUGGCAAGAGCGGUACGCGACUAUCGUGUGCCAGGAGCUGGGCUGUGGCGACGCGCUGGAUGCACCGCUGAAUAUCCAUUUCGGGGGAGUUAAGCGACCCUAUGUGUACUUGCAUUGUCAUGGAAGCGUGACCUCUCUGCGGGAAUGUCAAGUUAAAUCAAUUGCCUACUCUGACUCCCGGGAAGUUGGUGUUAUCUGCGCAGGGAAGGAUGGACCACGACUUGUUGGCGGGGAGAACAGAUGCUCUGGCCGUGUGGAAGUCCAGCAUGGAGACCAGUGGGGGACACUUUGUGAUGAGUACUUCAGUCUGGAAGAUGCAAGCGUGGUCUGUGAACAGUUACAGUGCGGUGCAGUAAAAGCAAUUCCCAAGAGUGCUUACUUUGGCGAAGGAAAAGGGCCGAUGUGGAAGGACAACUACCGCUGUCAGGGAAACGAAUCCCGAUUAGCAGAUUGUCCAGUCUCAGCCUGGGGUCAGAUUAGCUGCUCACUUGGGAAUGACGCCAGUCUUAUCUGCACUGAUGAAAAUUGGUCCUUGAGACUGAAUGAUGGGGGAAGCCGGUGCGAUGGCCGAGUAGAGGUGUAUGAUAAUGGUACCUGGCGUAGAGUGCAUGAUAAAUUUUGGACAAUAAAUGAAACAAAUGUUGUCUGCAGACAACUGCAUUGCGGCUCCGCGAUAUCUGCCUACAACUUCUCAAACUAUAGAGAGAAUGAACGGCCCGUGUUGGUGACCGAAGUUCAAUGUGAAGGAAACGAGUCGCACCUCCGAAACUGCAAGAGCUCCGUGUCGAAAAGGUCCUCCUCUGACAUCCCAGGCGUUGGAGUCCUGUGUUCAGGCCACUUGCAAUUAAGGCUGUCUGGAAGUGAUGAUGCAUGUGCUGGAAGAUUGGAGAUUUAUUAUGACGGAUCCUGGGGAACAGUUUGUGAUGACUCCUGGGACCUGGUUGAUGCUAAUGUGGUCUGCAAGCAAUUGGGUUGUGGAUAUGCUUUGGAGGAUAAAACAAUUCUUGAUUACUGUGGUCAAAGUACUGGAAUAGUUUGGUUGGAUGAAGUAAAUUGUUCGGGUAAUGAAUCGCAUCUCUGGGAAUGUCCUUCAGCUCCAUGGGGCCAACAUGACUGCACCCAUAAAGAAGAUGUGACAAUUAAGUGUUCUGAACACAAAGAAAUAUGCCUGAUGAACGGAGAUCGGCGAUGUGAAGGCAGAGUGGAAGUGCGGUACAAUGGGACGUGGGGAACAGUUUGUUCCGAGACACUGGAUAAAAAUGCUGCGAAUUUGAUCUGUAAACAAAUGAAAUGUGGGCCCCUGACAUCUAUUAAACAUGACGCCAAUACAUAUGGAAAAGGAUCUGGUCUAAUAUGGCUGGACGAGUUAAAAUGUUCUUCGUACGAGUCGACCUUUUGGCAGUGUCGUGCUAAUCCGUGGGGGAAACACAACUGUGACCACAGGGAGGAUGCAGGACUCGUAUGUGAAGAAGCUGGAAUACCAGAGAGUUGUAGCGUAAAGUCCUGCGAUUCACGAAAUGUACCUGUUUCUCAAGAAUUGCAGUUGCGUCUUUUUGGCAGCACUGCCAAUUGUUCAGGAAGGUUGGAGAUACUGUUCAACAAUACCUGGGGAACUGUAUGUGAUGAUUCCUGGGAUCUGGCCGAUGCCAGUGUUGUCUGCAGGCAUUUGGGCUGUGGCUCUGCCCUUUGGACACAAGCGCCGGAUGAAAUUAUUCAGAGUGAGGGUGAUAUCUGGCUGGAUGAAGUGAAAUGCAAAGGGAGUGAAUCUCAUUUGUCCAGUUGUCCUUCCUCUCCACUCGGUCAACAUGACUGUGAUCACAAGGAAGAUGUCUUUGUUGUUUGUGCUGAAAUGGCCAGUCGUUCCGCUAUUUCCACCGAUUCAGGUGCAGUGUUAAAAGGCGGAGGCUCAGCCGAUAUCUUUUACCAAGCAAUUUAUGAAGAGAUUGAGACUAUUCCACACGUCAAAAAGUUGGAUAAUACAGGAGAUUCAGGUUCUGGUUCAAUUGACUCCCUCAAUCAAAUCGACUAUUACACCAGCGACCCGUUUAACGGCACCGUUCAUGGACUAGAAUGUAGUGAAGGAAACCCCUGUGAUCCCGAUCUGGUUCCCGGCGCUGAAAAUAAUACAAUUGAUUAUCCUGAUGCUCUGGUCCGGAUGGCCAGCGAUACCGACAAUCUGAUGAUGCUCACAGUUUCCCACGAUGUCCAUGAAAAUGAAGGGUCCAGCGAGAGAUUGUCAUUAGAAAAGAAAAUUUAA